AUGUUUGAACCUGGUGAUGGACGGCGGUCAGUGUCGCCGCUGAGUACCGGACGCUCCUCGCCCGCCCUCCGUGCUCCUCGCCGCCUCGAGGACGCUGUCGCCCAAAAAGAUAAAACAACUCGACGCUAUGCAACUGCCAUAGAACGUGCUCUUUCGUCUUUCGAUAGUACUCAGCAGGAAUGGGCCGACUACAUUGCCUUUCUAGCCCGCCUGCAAAAGGCCCUCCACCCUCCUCCACCGAACCUUGAAUAUCUUCCUCACGCCCACAAUGUUGCCCUGCGUUUGGCACAAUGUCUCAACCCUGCUCUGCCCUCCGGUGUCCAUCAAAAGGCUCUCGACGUCUAUGCGACCAUCUUCUCCUUCCUCCCUCCUCCCUCUCUUGGUCAAACGCUACACGUAUACCUGCCUGGUUUGGUUCCUGUCUUGUCCUUCGCAUCGUUAUCCGUACGGCCCAUAUUCUACUCGGUCAUCGAGGACCACAUCUUGAAGCUAGACUCUGAACAUAUCCGUCCUGCUACAAAAUCUCUGAUCCUGUCAUUGUUGCCUGGUAUCGAAGAUGAAACAAGCGAGGAUUUCGACAGAGCUUUCCACAUGCUUGACAUCCUGCGAAAGUCUUCUUCUCGCGACAUUGAAGAUGGUUCUGAUACAGAAGGAAAGGAUGGCUACUUCUGGCAGUGCUUCUUCCUCGCUGUCAUCACCAAUCCGUCUCGCAGGCAAGGUGCUUUGGCCUUCCUGACCCGUAAACUUCCCAACUUCACCCCGUCGGAAAAGCCUUCAGAUCCGAGUCAGACGGAGCAAAGUGCUUUACCUCUGGCUGCACAAGCUGCCAUCAAUCCCGAGCCCGGUCUACUAGUGCGCUGUUUCGCUGCUGGUCUCCAGGAUUCGCAGAUUCUUGUGCAGCGUGGUUUCCUCGAUCUACUCGUCACCCACUUGCCUCUCAGUUCACCUGUCUUCCGCAAUCAUGUUCGAUCAAAAGACAUGGUACUGAUCACUACUGCUGCUGCCAACUGUGUGUUGAGGAGAGACAUGAGUCUGAACCGUAGAUUGUGGUCGUGGUUUCUUGGCCCUGAUUCGACAGCUUCAGAGCUCGAAGACGGUGCUCCUCUCUCGCCCACAGACUCCCGUGGUAACGUCUCGCAAAAACAAGCUCUGUAUUUCCAGAAACAUGGUGCAGCAUCUCUAGAAAAGAGCAUCAUGAACAUGCUUGCUCAACAAAGUCACAACCCGACAACCCGCGCGAAGCCCUUCCGCGUGUGCUUGUCCUUGAUGGACCGUUGGGAGGUUGGCGGCUUGAUCGUUCCAAAGGUUUUACUGCCUGCUCUCAGAAAUGCAUUUGAGUAUAGUCAUACUAGUUCACCAGCGCAACUUGAAGAGGUCGUUCGCAGUGCCAGCCUUUUCUUCGAUGGCGUUGAGAGCAGUCUAAUAUGGUCGCGCCUGGUCAGUGUGCUGCUUUCAUCCUUUGACUUGCGUCGUUCUGCGGAGAGGGAGUCGUCACAUGGUCUCGAAUUUUUACACUUCGUCAUGGAUCGCUUCGACGUGCGUGACGAAGAAAUGCUUCUGAAGCAUAUUCCAAACACUGUCCUUAUUCUUUUUGCCCGCCUUGCUAUUGUCUUGAGCGAGAAGCAGAAUGAAUCAGAACGCUUCAUGGCUCUUGUGCUGAGCUUCGCACAACGGCUGUUACGUCUCCUGCCCCCACGUGCUUUCGGACAAGAGAGGAAUGAUGGUCUCUCUCAAUCUUCUUGGCAAUCUAAGAGUUGCUCCUCGGUCGUCAAGUCACUCACGCAGCAGUACACAAGAGAUGACUUUGAAGACAUCACCAUCGAUACCGAGAAGCUCGAUCGCCGAUGUACUGCUGAAUACAUACUGCAGAGCGUCAUCAAGGUUUUGAGGCUAAUCUUGACAUCAAAUACCUUGAUGAAUCAGCUGGGUCUUAUCACAGAUUGUUUCGUCAGCAUUAUCACAAAGACGCCGAACUCUCAGGCCUUCCGCGAUGCGGACAUACACGACACAUUCAAACACGCGCUUGACAAAGAUAGCCUGCUACAAGACUCCGCGACCGAGCAGUCAUCAUUUUUGGUCAUCAGCUCUAUAAUGUCAGUAAUAGUCGCCAGUGUUUCUGGGGGUCAGUCGCAGUACUUCAGUCAUGGACAAAUCAUGGAGUUACAAACCAAUGUUCUCAACGGUAUCUGGCAUCAUCUAUCGCCGUUCAGACCCAAGUACCACGUUGAGGCAGUAAGGUUGAUCUGGCAGUUGGAGAAUCUGACCAAAGCCGAACACCAAGUUGAAGCCCGUUUAGCCUUGCUUGUUGGUGACCAAUCCGAGAUCGAUGGCCCAGAAAUAGCUUCCAGAUUCACUGUCCUUUGGGAGCACACCAUGCAGAGCUUCAACCCAAGAUCAGAAGGCCCUGGAAGGCCCUUGUCUCGUAGACCUAGCGUCAUGCCUACGUCUGGCGAGCUUGGUGGCGAGGUCGACCCAGAGAGGGUCUUGACGAGGCCUUUGCUAUUGCUCUUAGACUCGCUGAACGUUGAGGGCACAGGUGCGGCUGAUGUUGUCCGUUCGUGGCUGCAAAGUCUUUCGAGUCUCGAUAGAGUAUUUUACAUCAUAUGUUCUAAGUUACAGAACGACAUGAAUAAUUUCGCUUACGAAGCAGGCAAGAAAGAAGCUCGGCAUCGGACACGAAGGAACGCAGAGCAAAGCCUGAAUGGUGUCUACUUCUGCUUCCAGCACUUGAGAAAUCUCCUGCGCAACCCCAACGAGCACAUGUGGCUCACGCUCUCAAAUCUUCAAUUUGGCUUUUCGAGCAACUCAAAGAGUGAUAUCACAAAGACCGAUGCCAUAGAGUUUCUCUCAAGAAUGUGCUUGAAGACACUUGCUCUACAAGGAUGCACUGUUCCACCGUCUCUACAACAUGCAUCUUUGACUGUGCUUCAGACGCUGCUGACAUGUCCCGAUGCAUCACUCAUGAAGCAGAUGGAGGUCGAUGAUGCACUGAUCGCCACUCUGAGCAAAGCUCUGAAGGGUCCGAUCGGAGCGCUACAGACUGUCUACCUCGAAACAAUAUCGAAAGCUCUCAAACUGCGAGCAGCGCCAAUGCAGAGCACAUUUGCUCCGCCUCGGAGUCCACUCGCCUCUCAUAGGCCUUCACUUACCGUUGAGGUACCAGAGAAUUUACCACAACGAGUAGUUUCUACGCCACCACCGGAGCUCUUGAGCUGCCUCCGGACCGGGCUGUCGUCACCUUCAAGUCGCUUGUUUCUCGAGCAUUGGGUUGAAUUUCUUGAUCAAGUCUUGCCGCUGUAUGCAGAUGCAGUUUUUGCAAAUUUGUUGCCGCUUGUUGAGUGUAUCUGCAAGCAGGUUUCAGGUGCUUUCCGAUAUGUGAAGCAUAUCUCGCACUCCACACAGGAACGAAUUGAGUCCGUGCCUAUAUCAACACUAUCUUCACUGUUGCAUGGGCUUGAGCUUGUUCUCGCUCAUGUCCAUCGCCAAUUCCAGAGCGAAGAAAUCGUCAGCCCCAUACCAAAAUCUCCGGAGCCGUCACAAGGCUUCUUCGGCAACAUUUCCGGCGUCUUUGCACAAGAUGGACAACACGCACCUCCGAGUAAGACCAGCCGCAUCAACAGCAGACUUACCAUGAUAUUGUCAUUCCAAGACGCUAUUCGGAUCUGCUUCUCCAUCUGGUCAUGGGCGAGCAAUGAAAGCGGUCGAUCGGACGCUACAUGUGCGGCAACCAUUUCACUGAAUGCACUCAAGUUGAGGAAUCGCACAAGGAAGAUCCUUGAAAACCUCUUCGCGGCGGAAGAGUUGGAGUGCCUUGAAACACUGGCUCUGAUAUGGUCUCGGCCCAAGCCAUCCCAAGAAGCCGAUUCUGCAGCAGUCUUUAGUCUGCUGCUGGUUCUGGACGGGUCGCGUCCUAAAAAUACGGUACCUGUCAUCAUUAAUGCGCUGUACAGUCGCACAAACAUUGAUGUGUUGGACACUGGACGUAGGUCAAGCUUAACAUCUGAUCUGUCUACAACAGAAGUGGCCGCUUUCCUGCUUGGUUAUGCACGCGCAAUCGAGGACGACGCGACCGAUGAGAUCUGGAGCGAGUGUACGAUCUUCCUGAGAGAUGUGCUCUCAAACCCGCUGCCUCACAGGCAGAUACUGCCGUCUCUUCUGGAGUUCACGGUCUUGCUCGCUGAGAAGAUUGACAACACCAACUUUGGUGAACUGCGUAAGAUGCGUCGCGAAUUAGGUGAUAUAUUCCUCCGGUUGUUGACCGCCACAUUCACUGCACGACCGCUUGGCACCAUUUUGGAGACUCCAGCGUCUGGGUCGCAGCUUUCUAGUGGCGUGAGUGAUCUUGUUCAAAGUCUUCUGUAUGUUAUGCCCAAGCUCUCGGUCGUUCUCCAGAGUAACGACAGAGUUUCGACUGCUGUCAACACCAUUUCGGGCAAUGUCAUGACACCAGCCUCACAUGCAAAAGCGUUCCCUGAGAACAUUAAUAAAGAUCUGCUGAGGCUUUUCGAACACAUCGCUCAGCAGGGACCAAACUCGAAGCACUGGAAAAAGGACAUUGCAGAUGCCUUCAACAACUCCCGACUAUUAAUGUGCUCUGCAGAUCUGAUGCACGACGGAUGGUACCCUGUGUUGCGCAAGUGGGCGCUCAGUGACAAAGACCGUCUGCCUGAGCUUCUGUCCAAGAUCACCGCUCCUUCUACAGCUGGCAUCAUGUUCGGCGUAGGCGCCAACGCAGCACGUCUUGAAGCCGAUCGAAGGACGCAGCUUACUCUGCGAAAAACAAUGCUCCUCAUGCUUGCCUGCGAACAAGACACCUUCGUGGGUAAUCUAACACAAAUCUUGGACAAGCUCGUCGAUCUGUGCACCGCCGAUUCCUCUUCCUCGCCAUCAUCAACCACUAGAGCAGAAGUCUUCAUGGUCUUCCGGGCGAUGGUGCUCUCCUUCUCCCCCAUACACUUAUCCGCCGUCUGGCCUGUCCUCAACUCUAAUUUGCAAAAGGCAAUCACGACAUGCCUACCCGGCGGCCACGAUCAAGAGAUCUACAGCAAUCUUUCGUUGUUGCAAGCCUGCAAACUCCUCGAUCUACUCACUACUCUAUCACCCGACGAGUUUCAACUGCAUGAAUGGCUCUACAUCACCGACACCAUCGACGCCGUAUACCGACCCGUGGACCUCAAUCCCGUCGCUCUAACAGACGAAGCAGCCGAAGCCCUAGGUAUGGAGAACUCUGAACAUUCCGCCUUCACGCCACCGACUAUUUCCAACAACACACCUGGCGAAGCGGGUGCUAGAAAACCGUUCUUGGGUAAUUCGGUCAUGGACGGGGCAGACACGAAAGCAAUGGCCAAAGACGACUUUUUGCGAAGUGUGUUGCAGCCCUUCUUUAGCCAGUUGAGUAUGUUUUCGUACGAGGCCACGUAUAGUAUGGGCGUGCCGGAUACAGAGGUUUGCAGGCGGGGGUUGCUGGAGGAUGUUUUGGAUGAGAGUACCAUGGCUUGA